AAAAUGAAGCUCUUUAUUAUAACCUUCAUGAUUAUGGCAAUCAUUGCACAUAUCACCUCGGCCAAGAAACUGCGUCUGAUCAAUGGUCUGAAUGGUGGUCUGGUAACUGGUGUAAAUGGAGUUAACCCUGUACUGAUGGGGGGUGUAAACCCACCUGUGCUUUCUGGUGGUGGUGCUGUAAUGGGACAGUCUCCAUUGACACAGUUUCUACCUGCAGCUGCAUAUCCUCCAUAUAUGCUUCAGCCAUCACCUGUGGGUGCAGCUCCCUUUGUCCCCACAAACAAUGGACCUCAGUUGGCUUACCCUUACUAUCCUCCUAAUGGGGGGCUGCCGUACUUCUUUGGUGGGCCCCCAAAUCAACCAGCCUUCAUCCCUCCUCCUCAGCAACAAGUUGUGGUAUAA